UCAAAUACAUAUAUACACACUUGAUUAUUUUUUUUCUUAGCUCAGUACAGAGAGUGUUAAAUUUUAAAACAAUGGCUUCUUCUACUUCUCUUCUAGUGGCCAUAUUCUUCUGCAUUUCCUUCCUCUUCUUCCUGUCAGUGGACGCAAAUGAAGUUACCGUCGGUGGAAAAUCCGGUGACUGGAAGAUCCCUUCUUCCUCUUCUUUCUCUUUCAACGAAUGGGCUCAAAAAUCUCGCUUCAAAGUCGGAGACUCCAUUGUUUUCAGGUACGAAGCCGGUAAAGACUCGGUUCUCCAGGUGACACGAGAAGCUUACGAGAAAUGCAACACCACGAGCCCUAAAGCCAGCUACUCCGAUGGGAACACUAAGGUGAAGCUAGACCAAUCCGGUCCGGUAUACUUCAUCAGUGGAACAGAGGGUCACUGUCAAAAGGGUCAGAAGCUACGCCUAGUCGUCGUCACUCCUCGCGACUCUGCUUUCUCUCCAGCUCCGUCGCCAUCUGAGUUCGACGGUCCCGCCGUUGCUCCUACUAGUGGCGCUGCUACACUCACUGGCGCAUUCGCCUUCCUCAGCCUUGUUCUUGGAUUCUGGACCCUCUUCUAAAUUAAAAGCUUUUCUUUUAGAAGAUUGAAUUCUAUUUAUUAAUUUCCGAACAUGAAGCAGAGAUCAGAUCAUUGUUGUCUCGUUUACUCUUUGUGAUCUAUUAAAUUAAAUUUAUUAUUUAAUCGGCAUUCUUCUUUCA